AUGCCGGUCACGUUCUCAAACGCGCUCAAUCGCGAGAUCUUGCUCUUCAGCUCGUACGAACAGUCGAACAACGCCAGCCGCACGAUCUUUCGCGAACGGGCCGCAUUCGAGCCGCACGAUCAUUUUAAGAUUCGCCUCCGGUCGCACAAGUCCCGAAGACCCCGCAUCGCCGACGUUACCUUCUCUCAUGCGCACGCAGGCACCGCUGAUACUUGCACGGCCGGAGGAUUUCCUGCCAACAUCGUUGUGAAGCCUGACCAGCACGUUUACGUGCGAGUGCUCCGGACCCGGCCCGACCAUGCUGUCGUUCAAGCGUUUCGCGACUCCUCGCGCCACGGCCAAGUCCGUCUCAAUGCUCUCCAAGAUCGUCUGGUGCCCGAAGAAGACGCCAAUACGGCGACGGGCGAACUUCUACGCAACGCGGCACUUACGUCUAUGGUCAUGUCCAGACCUAUCAAGGCAAGUCGGUCAACGUACAAUUCAGCAAUCAAAACGGCGGACACAACACGAGCGGCGCUUCGAGACUUCAACGUCACUGAGCUCGACCGAGUUCUCGGCACCGAUGGGAGUGAUGGCUCCAGAGAUGUUGCUGCCAUUUUGAACGGAGUCUUGCCUCGUAAUCAACAACCGGAUGGGUCCGAAUCGCGCACCUGGACCGACCCGACUACAGGAAAGAUGGCUACAUUUAGUCUGCAGCAUGCGGUGGACUACGCGUACUACAUGCCAAUGUGCAAGAUCCCGGGGAUCAACUUCCAACACGUCGAUCCGUACCUCGCUCCGACGAUCGAACCCGAACUCGAACUCGAAAUCGAAAUCGAACUCAACCUCGCACUCGAACUCGUGACUCGUCACUCCAUUUCGAUCCCAUCGCUUCUCCCACUGAGAAUUCAGCGCUCACUGCGCUACUCUCAGAGCUCGAGGGAGACGAUGCAGUCGUGGAUGACGCUGUCGAAAACGUCCUCGAGCGCCCCACGCCACCGUCAUCAGUACCUAGAUCGAAACAAGCGGCCAGCCGAGAGCGCCGACAUCAACUCUCGCCCAACCCAACGCCGUGCGCCAGGAGUCGAGCCGGCCAUGCCAUCGGCCAUUGACGCUCUGGAGAGAUCUCAAGCAGGGACAAACUUUCGACCUACAAGCUUGCAACAAGCCGUACAUGGGCUCAUCGUCCAUCCCGACUAUGCCGGUAUAACACCCCACCCAGCUAUCCUGUUGAAGCUUUUCGAUUUCGCGUUUGGCAUUCGUGGUCUCUCUUUGGCUCACCUGGAGCGGUUCGACCUGACUGCGCAGCGCAAGUGGCGUCGACAAGGUGUCAACAUGAACAAUUUUGCGGCCAGUGUCGAUCUACCUCGCUCUCGCUGUCUGACGACGAUGGCGGAGCUGUUCGAAGCGUUCUCGCUCCUUCAGGCCUUCGCGCUGAAGUUCUACAACGCUGCGACUCAGGAAUUUAUUACCGCUGCCAUGAGUUUUGCAGCAACCAUCACGGGUAUGGGCCUGUGGAAUGCGUCGGCGGUGGAUCUCAUCACGUUUUGGUUUGAUGGUGUCCUCGAUGAAUAUCGUCGGGCAGUCGAAGACCUGGCGGUGUCGGGUGUUGAUAACCGGGGACGCGUUCGACAGCGACUCGCCAUGAACGACCCUGAUUUCAUCAGCACUAUUCAUCUCGUCCACACGGAAGCAAAUGCAACUGCACUUAAAGAAUCACCGUACUUUCGAGAGGGUAUCGCCAUCACGAAGUCCUCCUUCACACUGUUCGACAUGGCGUUCGUCACCGUUUUCGUCAAUGUCUCGAUGAUUUCUUCUCUGAGGUUCCAGAAAAUCACAAGUCUGCUGGCGAUGCGGUCAACGCACUUCGGCGGAGCAUUCGUGACGGCCAGGAUGCUGGGACCCCGACUCAUCCACGACCUAUCUCAUCCAAAGAGGAGAUCGACGAACGCAGCAUCGGACCGCUCGCAACUCCCGACUAUACUCUACGUCCACGUUCGAGCCAUCGCCCGUCGAAUUGAAUAUCUACGCAAGCGCUACCCAAACCGGCGGAUCAUGAUGUUAAAGGGCGACGUGAAGAGUGCUUUUCGACAGAUAAUGCUGGCAGCAGAAAUUGAUCGCCCGGCCAUUACGGAGUUUUUGGAGGCGCCAUUUCGCAUCGCUUGGGGUUAG